UUCUUGUUUUCAGGAAAUAUAAUUUUAAUGAAUAUGCAUCUAAAAUUCCUGAGAUCCUCCUAGAUCUUCAAAAUAGUGUGAAUGAACCUCCCUCAAAGAGGUCUAAAGUAUAAAUUUGAGGCCUAAAGAUGGUCUCAUAUACUUCUGAUGAACGUUGAGUGUACAAUAACAGUAACUCGUCAAAAUGUACGCUUAAGAGAAGUUACAAGAUUGAAAAGUCUGUCUCUGCUGUAGGUCAAGACUUACCAAGUAGUUUAGAAUUUAUUAAGAUCAUUUUACGUCUCAAUUAGUCCACGGAAUUUUCGAUAAUAAGUACUUGAAGUUUAAACCACACAAUCUCAUAUCAAUAUGGGCAAAAUUUUGUAGUAAAAUAAUCUAGUCAUGGAACUAA